UUGUGGAAUCCAUGGUCGUGUCGAUCAGUAUGUAUGAAAGCGGCAUUGAAAAAUAGUAAUCUUGUUUUUAAUAAGCGCCAGUAAUGGCAGCUACUCUUUGUGCGAAGAGACUGGUCUCAGCGAGAUUCAGUCUUCUUAAAACUCCUAAACGAAAUGGUUACGUAGUGCUUGUUCCCGAAAUUGGUGAGGAUUUGCCAGAAAAGAAUCCUCUAUUGAAGGAAGACGGAUUGCCAGAGUUCAAUCAAUUUACAAUCGAAAAGUGCAUCGCUACAAUUUGCAGACAGACGGUCGAGUUUGAACAGGAAGUCAAAAAUGUGGAAAAGUACAUACAAGCACACGAAGAAGUUGAUUUAUUUAAGGAUGCUUUGGGUCCCAUUGAAGAGCUGAAGGAUCCUUUGGAGACAACUUGGGGUAUAUCAAAAGUAUUGUUUUAUGGUAAUCAGAGUUUGAUGCCUACAAAGUAUUACUACAAACUUCAUACUCGAGCCGUUAAGUCGAUUGGGCAGAGAUUAGUGAGCGUACCCAUUUAUCGAUUAUGUAAAAAAGUUCUUGAGAAUGAUAAAAAUGGAUUAACAGAGGAACAGAUGGUUAUUGUACGUAAAUAUGUACUUGAAGGUAGAUUAAAUGGUAUAGAUAUCACAGGCAGAAAGGUCAAAACAUUUAAUUUCGAUUUACAAAGGAUUUACUCCUUUCGUGAUGAAUUCAAUGAAAAACUAAAGAUAUCAACAAAUUUAUUUAAACAUACGAUAGAUAAUCCAAAUGUUAUGAAGGAUUUUCCUGAAGAUUUCCUGAAACUAAUUGCAUUAGAUCCAUCGCAACCAUAUAGAGGACCGUGGACAGUGACAUUGAAACCAUAUAUUUAUGAACCAUUUUUAGAGUAUUGCCCUGAUCGUGAUAUGAGGUUGAACAUAUGGGAAGCAAACGUGACACGGUCGUCAUUGUACAAUGACUCUUCGCUACAAACAAGUACCCCACUGGAAGAAAUUAGGUUUAUGAAAACUGAACAAGCUCAAAUAUUGGGUUAUAAGCAUUAUGCCCACAUGAGCAUGGAGACCAAAAUGGCUGGCAGCUUAGAUGUUGUUUAUAAUUUUCUAGACACACUUUUAGCAACAGCUCGUCCAGCCCAAGAAGAAGAAUUAGCAUCUCUGUCUGAAUUUGCUGCAGAACGAGGGUUUAAUGGACACCUUAGACAAUGGGAUGUUCCAUACUGGAGCAGGAAGCAAUUGCGUAGUGUACAUAACUAUAAGGAAGAAGUGAUACGAGAAUAUUUUUCUCUACCGAAUGUACUGGAUUCCCUCUUCCAGCUCUUAGAAACGCUAUUUGAUUUAAAGAUUGUAGAAAAUAAGAGAGUCGAUGUGUGGCAUCAGGACGUAAGGUUUUUUAACAUUUUCGACUUAACUGAAUCCAGCAUUGAACCAGUUGCAGGUAUUUACCUAGAUCCUUACGCUAGACUAAAAGGAAAAGUGGAUUUACUAGGAAGCGAAGGGUUGAUGAUAACAAUGAGAAGUAAGUGUCCAAGCACACAGAGCACGCCUCUGGCUGCUUUGAUAUUUUGCUUUCAACCUCCAAGUGAUGGGAAACCUUCUUUGCUCACUUUUAAAGAAGUUCUUGCUCUGUUCGAGAAGACCGGACUUGCACUGCAGCAUUCAUUAAGCAAAGUUAAUUACUCCGAGGUAGCAGGUUCAACGAAUGUCGAAUGGGAUAUUGUCAAGACUAGCGGGCAGCUCUUGGCAAAUUGGGCUUAUGAACCAUCUUUAAUAAGACAGUUUGGUACUCAUUAUAAGACCGGAGAGCAGUUGCCCGAUGAAUUGGUUGAAUCGAUUAAAUACAUUAAAUUGCAUUUAGCUGGUUACAAACUAUGCCAAGAACUGUAUUUGUCUCGAUUUGAUCUCGAACUAUACUCCAAAGAGGAAUUCUGGGUACCGAUGAUGAAACGUCUUUGGAAAAUGCAUUUUGUCAUCCCCGAGUACAGAAAGGAUUCUCAUAUUUGUUCAUUCAGUGAAAUAUUUACUAGCGAGUGGGGAGCAGCUUAUUACAGCGGAAUUUGGUCUCGAAUGAUCGCGGCUGAUAUAUACAGCGCAUUUCAAGAAGUACCCGCCGGCGAUAAAGCUGAGAAGAAAAAGAUUGCGGAACGAUUUCGCGACACGUUCCUGUUUUUAGGGGGAGCUUACAAGGGAAGAGAAAAAUUUCGACGAUUCCGAGGUAGGGAUCCUAAUCCGACAGCCCUCCUCAAAAGCCUAGGAUUAACAGCACAAAGAGACCUCGACAAGUAACUUUUUGGUAAGCAAUCGAGAUGACAGUACCGCGCAUUACGAAGAGUAUGUAUACAACUUCUUACAACCCCGACAAGAAUUAUGUGAGCGUACAAGACUUUGUAGAAAUUAGAUAUAUAUUACUAUAUUAUACCGUUUAUACAAUGUUACAUGUCACAAGGUAAAGCCAAUGCUAAGCGUAACAGUAGUGCAUUCUUGUAAAAAUAUCAAUUUAUUUAAGUGAAUGUCCGCAACUGCAAAAUCUGAUCUUUAUCAAACUAAUUUAAGGGAAUAACAAAUUUCAAUCGGUGAAUUAUGCUACUAAUUUGUAAUUGUUAUGAUAUUAAAACAACCUAGAAAUUA